AUCUAGUCAAGUCAAUAUCUUGUUUCGUAAUGUACAUACCUACUACUACUACUAUUUCUCUUUUGACUUAUUACUCUCUCUCUCUCUCUCUCUCCUCUAACAAAACAUUAACGUCUUCCUUCUUCCUCUUUCUCUCUACUCACACUAACAAACAACCAAACAAUAUGUUUCUCUCUCUCUUAUUUCUCAUCUUCUUCCUCCUUCAAUCUCCUCUCCCAUCCCUCUCAACAAACUCUGAAGGAAACGCUUUACAUGCUUUGAGAACCAGACUUUAUGAUCCCAACAACGUUCUUCAAAGCUGGGACCCAACUCUUGUUAACUCCUGUACUUGGUUCCAUGUUACCUGUGACUCCAACAACCACGUUAUUCGCCUAGACUUGGGUAAUUCUAACAUCUCUGGUUCUUUGGGACCUGAACUCGCCCAAUUGACUCACCUUCAAUACUUGGAGUUAUAUAAUAAUAAUAUUAAUGGCAACAUUCCUCAGGAACUUGGUAAUUUAAAGAACCUUAUUAGUAUGGAUUUGUAUGAUAAUCAAUUCGAAGGUAAUAUCCCAAAGUCCUUUAGCAACUUGAAGACACUUAAAUUCCUGAGGCUAAACAACAAUAAGCUCACAGGACCUAUCCCAAGAGAACUUACUCAUCUUAAAAAUCUCAAAAUUCUUGAUGUUUCCAAUAAUGACCUCUGUGGUACCAUACCAGUAGAUGGAAACUUUGGAUCUUUCCCAGCAGAAAGUUUUGAAAAUAACGCGCUCAACGGCCCAGAACUGAAAGGACUGGUUCCUUAUGACUUUGGAUGCUAAGAAAGGUUGAGGAAUACUGGCCUCCUCAGAUUGUUAUGAAGAGGCUUCUUGACAUGGGCAGUUAGUAGUAUCAGAGAUGUAUGAUUGCUACAAAAUGAAUCUAAGAGACAGGUGUAUGUCAAAAUAUAUGUAAUAGUAAAUAAGAUGAUAUUAUCAUCUGUCUCUCUGGUUAGGCUGCAUAGCAAGACUAGGAUCAUGUUGAUUAUCAAGUAAACGUGUUUCUAGUAAUUUUUUCGCUUUUAUAUACAUUGUGGUUUGAUGCCUAAUUCUUCUGUUUAAUUUGGCCGUCCAUUGGAAGUUUGGCUGAAUUUAUGUUCCAGCACAGGGCGAGUUAUUCAGACGCAGUAUUCAAUUAUGACAAAUCCUGUACCUUAAUUUAA